GUGGUUUAUGAGACUCUGCCGGCCGGGGAGUUGUGUUCAGUGUGAGGAGGACUACCGAACGAUUAGGUAGUGGCAGCGAAAGGAAGAGGCACUGACCGACCGACGGUGCGCCACUCCCGCCUUCUGGUGCCUAAGAAGGCUUGCACCUAUUUCGCGCAUUAGCAGCAGUAGCCGCCGCUAGGCCCGGCACAAGCCAACAUGGCUGAUCAACUGACAGAAGAGCAAAUUGCAGAAUUCAAGGAGGCCUUUUCACUAUUUGACAAGGAUGGAGACGGUACCAUAACAACAAAAGAGCUGGGAACAGUGAUGAGGUCACUUGGGCAGAAUCCAACAGAAGCAGAGUUACAGGACAUGAUCAAUGAAGUAGAUGCUGAUGGCAAUGGCACAAUUGAUUUCCCAGAAUUUUUGACAAUGAUGGCAAGAAAAAUGAAGGAUACAGACAGCGAAGAAGAAAUUAGAGAAGCAUUCCGUGUAUUUGAUAAGGAUGGUAAUGGUUAUAUUAGUGCUGCAGAACUUCGUCAUGUGAUGACAAAUCUUGGAGAAAAAUUAACGGAUGAAGAAGUUGAUGAGAUGAUUAGAGAAGCAGAUAUUGAUGGUGACGGUCAAGUAAACUAUGAAGAGUUUGUACAAAUGAUGACAGCAAAGUGAAGACACUGUACAGAAUGUGUUAAAUUUCUUGUACAAAUUGUUUAUUUGCCUUUUUCUCUGUUUGUAACUUAUCUGUAAAAGGUUUUCCCCAACUGUCAAGAGAAUAUGCAUGUAUAGUAACAAACUCAUUCCUCCAUGUUUUCCCCUUUUAUCUGUCAUCCUGAUAUUUUGGGAAAAUGAUCAAAGUAACAAAUGUUUGCAUGUGGCUUACUCUGGAUAUUUAAGCCCUUCUACACUUCUUAAACUAGAUGGUGUUGGUCAAACGAGGGGACAUCUAGGUUAUGCCUGUUUAAAUUAGUUAUUUUAGGAAACUUAGCAUGUUGUUGAAAUGUAGUCUUAACUCUGUGUGGACUAUGUACAGUCAACAAUAUGGAACUUAAAAAGUUUGCACUAUUGCAAAACGGGUGUAUUAUCCAGGUACUCGUACACUAUUUUUUGUACUCCUGGUCCUGUACCAGAAGACAUUUUCUUCUAUGGUUACUAUGCUUUUAAAACCUUUUGUUCAGCCACUUAUUUUCAAAAGAAUCCGCUUAUGGCACAACUUGCCUCAAAUCCAUUCCAAGUUGUAUAUUUGUUUUCCAAUAAAAAAUUACAAUUAACUCA